UUAAAUUCUAGGAUUAAAGAGCUUACAUAUCAAAACAACUCACUUAAAACCCAAUUAAAAUCUGAUGGACUAAUCUUAGCCAAGAUCCUAAAUCAAAGGCAUACUUAUGGCUCAAAGUCAGCCCUAGGUUAUUAAUUUGAUUUUACAUAUGGGAAGGGGAACUCAACGCUUAACUUCAAACUCUUUUCUUUUUGGAAAUAAAUGUUUUUCUUCCUUAUACCCAAUUGGUUUAUUAGUUUAUACCAUAAAUAUUAAAAAGAUUAAAUGGGGAUGAUAAUAAUGAGAACAAUGAGUUCUUAAAUCAAACAAAUUUAAAAAAGGAAAUGGCGAAAAGUAAUUUCCAGUCAUAUGAUGUGGAAAACAAAGUUAAGGAUCAAUCUUUUUAUCUUACAAAAGAUAAAAAUUGUGAUGACAAAUCACCAAAAAAGCCAAUCUCCGCCAAUAUUUGUUACAAUUUAGUAGACGACCUAAAUGGAUCUCAGGAUUUAUCACCACAAUCUAUAUCAUUAGAUGUUGAUAUCGUGACUUCUUCUACUAAACUGCCCCCGGAACAAAUGAGUCAAAAAUCACAAUUCAUUUUUACCGGUAACCAUAAUGGAAUGAUACAAAAUGAUUUAGAUUGUUUGCCUAAAAAUGACCAAGAUCCACUUUUGCUUGACACGGUCGAUGACUUGUUACAAAAUGAUAAACAUAUCUUAAAUAAAAGCGAAAUUAUUACUCUUUGGAACCAGCGUGAAUCUAGUCCUAUUUUGACUACAUUUAAUGAUAAAUAUUCGAAUAAAAGUAAAAUAAUCACCAGAAAAAAUCAUAAUGAAUUGGACAUUAUUCUUAAGAAAUGGCAAACUGUGCCCAUUCAUUUAGAAACAAAGGUGAUAAAUCCUCCUUUACAUAAUUAUUACGAAUGCCAAUUUCAAAAAAAUAAUUUUUCGCCUCAGCACACUAGAUUAUAUCACGAUGCUGAAGACGGGGAACCAGAAAUUUCUGAAGAUAUAAAAAAAUAUGAUGAUAAUAUUCAGGGAGAGGAUUAUAUGUUGGGGGUGUUUGCUAAGCCGAAUAAAAAUGAUGAUGAAGGCUUUAUAUCGAAACAAAAUCAAAUAAAGAGGCAAAAUGGCAGCCAUGAUUACAAAGCGACAAAGAAAAAAGAUACCAAAUGCGAUUCAUCUUCAUCACGAUUAGAUUUAAAAAGAUCAAAAAAGCUCUCUCUAUCUCAAUGUUAUCGACAAACUAAGGUUCCCCAAUAUUAUGGCAAUCAUCGUAAUAGGCACAGUUUUAUCGAUGAAGAAUUGAGCAUUAAGGAAGACAGUAAUAUUAAUAAAGAGAAUGUUAUCUUUUUGAAAAUGGAUCAUGGUUACAAUAAUAUUCGAAAGGCACUCCAAUUCAAUUAUUCGGACAAAAUGUUAGACAUUUUAAAUUUCGAGAAAAAUAAAAUCAACUCAGAUAAAGAAGGGGCAAAUAUUGCUAGUGUUAAUACAUAUGAUGAUAAAGUAAAGGAAGAAGCUAUUAACCAAUCAUCAUACUCUGUGAGAAAAGAUAAUCAAUGUACAAAUUGCCCCAAUAAAUUUGAGUUCGACAAUCGAGAAGACGAAAAAGUCAAAAGAUCAGCUUACCAAGAAACAAGAAUAGCUCUUGCUGUAAUGGAUCCUAAUGAUAGUUUUGACGUCCCCCCUAUGAAAACCUUACCAAAAUACAAAUUCAUUGACGAGGACAGAAUUCGCAAAAAUUCACAAAAAGCUAAAUUUAACUCAUAUGCAUGCAAUGAAUGCAAGGAAUAUUACCAAUUCAAAGUAAACAAUAACAACGAUGUCAUCGUUCAUGAUGAAUUCCAUGACCAAAUUGCAUAUCAAUACGAAAAUUUUGAAAACUUUUUAAAAAAGAAUGGAUGCAAGCAUAGGAGUAGAUACUUAGCUCCAUCAACUCCUGAACAUUUUUGGUCAAUUGGAAUGCCUAGUACACAAGAAUGUAAGAAAAGAGGCUAUUUAAAUGACACUUUAAAGCACUCUGAUUUGCAGGCUCUAGAAAAAAAAGAGGGACAAUCAAAUUUUUAUCAUUAUAAUAUAUGAGAUUUAC